GUUUUCCCCGGGCAGGCGUCCGGGACAGCCCGGGGCCCGCGGGCGCGUCCCCCCGCCGCGGUGGCGCGUCGGGAGCUCCGGAGCGCGGGCUUGUGUAACGCCGUGUUGUGACCGGAGCGGAGCAGGGGAAAGCGGGGAAGGACAAUGCCGCCGCGGCCCCCGGCACCUCCGGGACUUGUUCACCGGCUCCCACCGUCCCCCUGCAGCUGCUCUCUUCGGGGACGCGGCUGGAAGGCGCUCACGGCCGCUGGCGGGCUCUCCAACCACUUCCAGCCUGCCAUCCCCAAAGGCGCGUCAUCACGGGGGCGUUGUCUCUGUCUCUGGUGUUCAGGGUGGCCAGUGUCACCAGGGACAAGCCAGGCUGUGACCGCCGCAGGAGCGGUAGCCCUGCCCGUCCACAUCUCACACAAGGCACCAGUGUAUUUGCAGACCGGUUCUGGUAAAACCCAGCUCGACGCUGGUGGAACACGGUUUUCUCCGAGGCUGUACAUCCAGUGCUGCACGAGUGCCUUUGAGUGGAUUUUUAGGGAGAGGUCCUGGCUGUGGCACCGGCUGGAGGGACAGUAGUUGCUGACUGACCCAGCCAUGGGACAAGGAGCUGGGUUUUAGUCAAUUUGGAGGGAUGACCUGUCCCGCUGAGGAUCCCAUGCUUCCCAGCUGGGCUGACGGCAGUGGGAGCUCUGUAGUCCCUAAAGCCACCAUGACUGGUUGUUUGUGCUGUGCAGAGCAGCUGCAGAUCCUGACCAGGCUCCUGGUCUGUCAUGGUGUGAGUCUCCAGGUGCAAUACAGGGUGAGGAGCCCCCUCCUCAUCUGGGUGACUUUUGGGUUCCCAGCAGUCCCCUCCCCUGGAAGAUUCCCAGGGUGGCACUGGGGCAGCCAGCAUGGAGACAAAGAUCGCUGUGAAGGGGACCUGGCAGUGAUCCCAUAUCCACCCAGGGCAGCUCAUCCCUGCUCCCCCCCAAUGCAGCGAUGCCCCAUCUCCCUUUGCCUCCAGCAGGUGGUUCUUUCACUGGCAGCAGUGGGAAGGGGAGCUGGCAGCGCUUCAGUGGCUUGGACACUGCCUUGCCGGGCAAGAAAUGUGACAUUUGGAGGCAGGAGGGAGGGAAGAAGGUACAGCAGGAGAAUGAGGAGCCUGAGCAGCGGUUUUCCACUGACCCCUUGUCAGGGUCCUAACAUGUGGAAAUGGACCUACCAUCCUCCCUUGGUGGGCACAAAGGCCUGGUGCUGUGUGCAAGUCACUUAGUAACGCAAUUACUAUACUUUAGCUUUUUUAUUGCCCCCUUCCCUUUGUUGGUGUUUUUAGGUCUGGGCAGUGACCUGACAGGCUGGCCACCAUGUCUGUUCACAGCGCAAGAGUUGCUGCUCUCCUUGCUUGGCAUGGACCGUUGACUCACAAAGAUCUUUGUUGCAUCUCCCAGACCCUCAAUGGCCGAAUCUACAGAAGCCAAAGGCUGUGUCGGAGGCCAUGCAGAAAAGGAGAUAAUCGUCAUGUCUGCACCUGUGUCAAUGAGACCUCGAAGCUGGAUCUGAGCUGGAGGAGCUGAAGCAGGAGGUGUCCAGCCUCAAAGCCGAAGUGGAGGAGAAGCAGCAGCUGGAGAGCCGUGUCACCAUCCUGCAGAGCUUCCUUUUGGAGAGUCACCAAGCCCGAGAGAGGCUGAAGUGAGACCUGCAGGCACAGGCUGCUGAGGGCCAGGCUGAGCAGCUGGCUGCCCUCAGUGUGCAGCACGAGAAGACCCUGCGGGAAAGGGACUCCGCCCUGCAGUAGCUCCAGCAGGCCAACACAUCCCUGCGCAGCCAGCUGCAGGCUGUGGAUGAGGAGAAGGCUGCACUAAGCUGCAAGAUCGGCGAACUGGAAGCCCAGAUCCUGGAGCUGGGUGCCCAACGGCAGCAGGGAAUGGCAGCAGAGGCACUGAAAGCCCAGCUGCAGGAGCUGGAGGGCAGGCUAAAGGAGAGCCAGCAGAAGCUGGCCGAGAGGGAGAAGCUGGCCCGGGAGAACAGCCGCCUGCAGGAGCAGCUGCUUUUCCUGGAGGAAUCCCUGUGGAACACUGAGGGUAUACUGGAGGAUGAGAAGAGGCGGGCAGCUGAGUGCCUGGAGGGCAACCUGGCCAGGAUCGCUGAGCUGGAGGCAGAGAGACAGCAGCUGGUUCAGGACCGGGAGCCAGCUCUGCCGAAGCGGAGUGAGGAGCUGGCCACACGCCAGGUGCUGGAGGAGAGCCGAGAGCAGCCCAUGGGAGCCUCUCCUGCUGCCGAGGGGAGGAUGAAGAGUGCAGGCGGCUGAAGGAGGAAAUACAGGCGCUGCAGGAACAGCUGCAGGCUGAGCAGGAGAAGGUGGCUGUGCUGCAGGCCCAGGCAGAGCGACUGGCUGGCCUCCAGGCUGACCUGUCCAGCACUCAGUCAUGGGCAAGGAGAAGGAGAGUGAGGAGCAGAAGCUGAGGGCCGAGAUUUCCUCCCUGCAGGAGAAGAUGGCUGUGACAAAGCAAACAGCACUCCAGUGUGUGGCCAAGCUGGUGGGAGAUGCCCAGAGAGCUGCUGAGGCACUGGAGGGAGUCUCCCAACAGCUCUCCCAGAAGCUCAAAUCCAAGGAGCUGGAAGGCACCAUGGGUCAGCUGUGGAUAGCAGAGAAGGAGCUGGCGUCCCUUCACUAUGCUGUGGAGGAGAAGGAGAUCUGGAAGGAGCUAGUAUCCCAGUGUUUCCAGGAUAUUGACAGGACGAACAGUCUGAUCAGCAGCCUGGAGCAUGAGGUCUCCAUCCUUCAUCAUCAGGUGAUGGAGAAGGAAAGAGAAAGGAAGGAGCUGAAAUGCCUGAUCCUGGCUGAGUCAGAGAAGAGCAAGAAGCUGGAGGAGAGGCUGCGGGUGCUGCAGCUGGAGAUGGCCACUGCAGCCUCCUGUGCAGCUGAGAGGUGCUCACUGAUGAAGGUGGAGGUGCAGCGGUGCCAGGAAGAGAUGGAGAAGCAGCGGAUGACCAUCGAGGUCCUGAAGAGGGACCGCCAUUGCCAAAGCAGAGCGACAGCACUGCAAGCCGAGCUAGCGCAGGCCAAGCUGGAGGUGGCUGAGGUGCCGUCACUGCGGGAGCAGUUGGCAGAACGGGACCGGGCCAUUCAGCGGCUGCAGGCUGAGGCAGCAGAGGCGGGGGCACAGCUGGCAGGGCUGCAACAGGCCAAUGCUCGGCUGGCCAAGGAGAACCAGGGGCUCAGCAAGAGCCACAGCCAAGGGCAGCAGCAGCUUGAGGUGGAACUGGGCCAGGCCAGGGAGCGGCACACGCAGGAGCUGGAGCAGCUGCGGGCAGCAUCUGAGAAGCUGGUGGCCAGCAGCAAGCAGGAGGCUAAGGAGGCAGUACAGAAGCUGGAGGAUAGGAGUAAGGAGUAUGAGAGCAGCAAAGCAGCAGCCCUGGAAGAGAGGAAGAGACUCCUGGAAGAGAAGCAAAGACUGACAGCUCAGUUGCUGGCAUGCUGCUCCACCUCUGCCACGCCAAUGGGGCGGGACACCCAGGCAUCAGAAAGACUGGGAAAUGGAGGUACAGAAAGCUCUGAAGGCCUUGAACAUACAGGCUCAGAGACAGUGUUUGACCUGAGACCUUGGAGAAGGCUUGAAGCUUUAGAGCAAUAAAGUGAAACGGACAUGAAGAAAGAAUAGAGGUUUAUAGUUUAAGCAGAAAUGUGUUUUAAGCAAGCAGAAAUAUGCCUCAUGUAAGCAAAUAAAUAUUUUAAGCUAGAUAUAGAAAAAUUUAAAGUCUAGCAGUAGAACUUGUUAUAAAGCUAGUUAGAAAUUAAAGAUGUAGCAAUGUAAGUUUCUGUAGUGUUAUAUGAUUGGAUAAGAAAAGAUGCAUUGCAGUAGAAUGGUGUGAGAAAAAGCAAUUAGUGAUAGGUUUAUGAAGAUGCUAGCAAGCUUUAUGUAAGUUGUUGAUUGGCUAAGAAAUUUAUAAAAGACAUUGUAACUAGAAUUAAGACGGCCUC